GGGUCUUCUGGACGAUAAAACUGAAGUACCUUUAUAAGACGGGGUUUCUCCUUGUUUCUUAAUGUGCUGUUGUGCCGCUGAGAUGCAGGCUCGGAUGGGGUUGUUGCUUUUCACCCUGUGCUGCGGAGUCGUCCUAGCGGCGGCUGCGGGCGUGGCGGAGCAGAAGGACAGCCGCACCACCGGUGACCCGGCGGAAAAGCGGAUGGACAGAUACCGUGCAGCCCAAAUAAGUGCCUGUGUGCGGUUUGUACCAGAAGUGGGAUGUGAUACCUUUGCGUGUCUGAAAAACAUGACCUGUGAUGUAGAAGACGACUUGAAUGAAAUCUGCCUGGACUACAUGCAGACUGCAGCCAAUCUUGAUGUACAUGGAAGACAAUUCACCAAAGACAUCUUGAAGUGCAGUGCCCUUGGGAUCAAGUCCAGAUUCAGCAGCAGUACCAGCAGUUGUAGUGCAUUGCAAAGGAUGCUAAUCUCUGUGCAAACAAAAUGCUACCGGCUACAUAACAUCUGUCCUGUAACAGAAACGAAUCUGGAACCCUUAGUAAACAUGAUAGAUCUUCGCAAAAUGCUCUUCAAUGCAUUCUGAAGAAACAUAUGACACUUCAGGACAGAAUGAAGUUUAUGAAAUGACUCUACAUUACCCCAUUACUAGCAAGAUCCUUCAUGCCACCAUGUCGUUCCUGUGAUGCGGGCCAAGUAUGGUUUGUGUGGCUAAUUUGCAAUUGCAUAAGGAGACUACCAGACAUUUAUUUCCGAUAUGGCUAAGACUAUGCUAUCAGAUUUGUUGCUGAAUAUAUUAUUCAUGAGCUCUACUGCAUAGUCCAACUUAAAGCCAUUGCAACUGCUAGUAAUUACUUGAUGCAAAUGUAAUG